AUGCAGGAUACGCACGGCCCACACCUCGGAUUUCAAGCGUUCAACUCCGCGGCGCCGUCCAUCCGUCAUAGACGUGAACAGCGGCGAAGGGAACGCGAAGGAACCAGGUCCAAGUUAACGGGAGCGCGUGGACGCGCGGAGUGGACCAUCAGCCCCUGCGCCAGACCAAUCACAUCUCCGCGCGGAAUACCGUCAUAUAUGCUCCACAUGCCCUAG